CGUCUCGCCUGUACAUCAUCCGGAAGGGUGGUACCUGUGGAAGUUCUGCAAAUAACCUCGCGGCUCUCGGUAUUCGUCUCCUGACGCUGAAGGAGAGGGUUUCUCUGCCUCCUCGUCGACUGAACAAGCGUCGUGGGUGCAAAAGUGUCCAGACUUGGCGGAUGUGUGUGUUUUCCUGGGCCGGUAGGAGAGGUUUAGAGAGGCGCACCUGGCUCCAUGUAUGCUCCCUCCUCAGACUCAGACUCGGGCUGUGUGUGCGCUGUGUGUGUGUCCGAGGCAGCUGUGCUGCUCAGCUCCAGCUCCCUCUGAGGAAGGAGCUCUCUCUCCACUCUCCUCUGUGCAGGCGCUGUGUUAUUCUACUUUUCUGAAAGCACCAACAGGGAAAGAGACGCUUUCCCCCUUCCACCAUGAGCGUCCAGCCCAGGAGGAUCCGCUUGAAGCCAUGGCUGCUGGCUCAGGUGAACAGUGGGAAAUAUCCUGGCCUGCACUGGCUCAAUAAGGAGCGACGCUUGUUCCAGAUCCCCUGGAGACACGCCACACGCCACCUACCCACCCUGGAGGAGGAAAACACUAUUUUCAAGGCCUGGGCUCUGGAGACUGGAAAGUACCAGGAGGGGGUAGAUGAGCCAGAUCCAGCCAAGUGGAAGGCCAACCUCCGUUGUGCCCUCAACAAGAGCCGGGAGUUCAGCCUGAAAUAUGAUGGCACCAAGGAGACCCCCAUGCAGCCAUUCAAGAUCUAUGAGGUGUGCGACCAGCCAGUCAAUGGAGAUGGAGGUGAGGAUGACGAGGAAGAGCUACUAAACUUCGAGCAGCUCUCUAUCAACCCUCGAAUCGCCGAACCUCCAAGCUACCCAGCGUUCCAACCCAACCCUGUGGAUCCGUUUCUCCAACCUAUCAUACCUCCUGAAUUCCCUGGACAUGGCCAUUUAGCUCCUACUGUAAAACAGGAGGAAUAUAUACUUGGGGAUGGUCUCCCUAAUGGACUUGGGAUGGGUACUGGAGUCAUACCGCCAUCUGCUGUCCCCCAUGCAGUCAGCAUCCCAGGGGCCAUAGUGGACAGUCCUAUGCAAGAGGUGCCACCCCAAGCGGAGAGCCAGGUCCAGCCCUGCAUCUCUGACCUGCUGAGCAGUCCUCAUAUGUUGCCCUUAACUGACCUUGACAUCAAGUUCCAAUACCGGGGGCGGUCAGUCGGCUCUCUGACGGUCAGUAACCCCCAGGGCUGUCGGCUCUAUUACGGCAACUUGGCCCCAACGCCGGAGCAGGUGGAGCUGUUUGGGCCCGUCACUCUCCACCAGGUGCUUUUUCCUGGAACCGCCGAGAUCCAGAACGAGAAACAGAGGUUCUACACGGAACACCUGCUGGACGUGAUGGACAGGGGGCUGAUCCUUGAGAUCCGAGGGCAGGAUAUCUACGCCGUGCGUCUGUGUCAGUGUAAAGUGUUCUGGUCGGGGCCAGGGGUGCCUGAAGGGGGUCCACCCAACCCCAUGGAGAGGGAGCGCAAGAUCAACGUGUUCAGCCUCAACAAUUUCCUGCAGGGGCUGAUCCUGUACCAGAAAGGGGAGGCGCCGACCCCUCCUCCCUUUGAGAUUUACUUCUGCUUCGGGGAGGACUGGCCUGACCGUAAGCCCAAAGAGAAGAAGCUCAUCAUUGUCCAGGUGGUGCCUGUGGUAGCGAGGAUCCUCACCGAGAUGUUCUCGGGCGAGCUCUCCUGGUCCACAGACAGCAUCCGCCUGCAGAUCUCCAACCCCGACCUGAAAGACCAAACUGUGGAGCAGUUUAAGGAGCUCCACAGACUGCUGCAGAAUCAACACACUCAGGGCACAUGGCCUCAAAACCUCCAGUAACUCAACCUCAGCAACACUCUGGACCACUCAGUGGAGGAGGAAUGUAGCUGCCCUUGCAUUUAGCGUAAAGGGUGCUUUUGGGAUGAGCUUCAUUUUGUGCACAACACAAUGCUGGCCUAAUAAGUGGCACAGAUGCUCAUACUUAACCCAUUAGUACGUUUAUGACUAUACUUGGUUUGAAACUGGGCUUGAUUGCUAGAUUUCUGAUUUCUGGAUGUAUGAAAGUAGCUCCCAUGGAUGCUGUUCAGGGAGUAUAGUAGAAAUGUUUUGAGCCCAUAAUGCACUGCAGCUGGGGUAGUGGGCAGGUAGCAUAGUCUGCGUUUAUUGUAUUACAUCAUGUAUUCCAACCGUUCCCAUCAAAAGGUGCUCAGUUUGGUCAGUGCCGAAGUAAUAUGGUGAUUAAUCAGUACUUGGUAUGAGCUUUUGUCCAUGGUCCUUCAAGUCUUUGAUCACAUGGUGUAGAUGCAUGUAGUACUGCAUUAAAAGAAAAAAACACAAUGAACCCUCACUAACAUGUCCAUUUGGACUAUCAGGGCUUGUUUCCAUGUGAUUUUAGGCCUAGACUUGGCCUCAAUAACAGUGGCAAGUGCUAGAGUUAUUUCUCCUACAAAAGCCUUCUAGCACCAGGUUUCUUUGAGAACCAGAGGACCCAUAUAUCGUGCAUCACUGAACGCUCCUGCAAAAAAGCCCUUUUGUUUUAACCUAAUUUGAAAUGUAUGUAAAUGUUUUUGUGCUUAAAUUUGUUUCUUUUAACACUGUAUUUCAAUAAAUACCAUAGCAGUAUUUUAGAUGUAGGCAUCAUUCAGCUGAUGCUCCUUGGUAAUUCAGUUAUUCCUUUGCUUUCUAAUGUUGUUUUUUUUUUUUCCCCUCAGUGAAUGUGUUUUGCCUAGAAACGUCUUGAACCAUUCACCUGAAUGUAUAGAGGAACAUAACCUGAACAUACACUAUUACCACAGUUGUACAAGUUUGAAAUAAGCUUAUCGUGCAUCUCAUGCAAAUGUGGACUCUAAAGAAAGCCAUGUGUUAAUAUCAUACAAUGAUAAAGUAACAUAGUUUCCAUUAAAUUUAGUAUAUUAUCACCUUA